CAAGAAAACAAGGAGAAGAACGGCCACAACUAGGCUCCUGAUUCCGCCUAUUGUUGAAAUUGUUCGAAAAAUUAUGUGAUUCGUUCGCUUAGUAGGAAAGAAGUGACAAAGCAGUGGAAUCAAAAUCAUGACCUCCUCGUCCUCCGGUUCUACUGCGCAGGACUCGCAGCCCCGGCGUCUCUCGGAAUACUCCUACGUCCCACAAUAUGGAUGUCUCAGGAUUGAUAUCGUCAAAGUUGAAAUAGUUUGGCAUGCAUAAAAUCCAGCCCACAAGGUGCCUGUCUUGCAGAGUAGGCAAGUGAGGCAGAUUGUAAGCCUGUUGAGGGGUAGAAACUGAGCUGCUGAAGUAGCAUGACAAAAGGCGUCUUGCUGACCCAAACAGCAUGACACACUGGAUUUCGGUUCUACACCAAAUUUGUCAUGCGCCACUUGGAAACUGGGUCACAACUUUCAUUCAUUUUAUGCAUCACAAGUUAUUUCAACUUUGUCGAUUUCAAUGCUGACACAUCCAUACACAAUCCCGACGAAAUUCCGUAGACUCUGUUCAUCCUGAUCGUGGCAGUCGUGCCAAUUUCUCCCAGAACUACGCAAAUUUUUCUAGUGGUGCAACUGCGAAUUCUGCUUCCACUACGACCACGACGUCUGCUCAUCAUCAACAACCAGCUGGUCGUGCCCCCUCCUCGUCGACCACUCGCGAGGACCAGAGGGGUCGUGCUGCAAACCAGGGGCAGCAGCAGCGUGGUCUCCCGCAGUCGAAUUGCAGCAACGCAGAGUCACCUUCCGAGGGAUGUUCCUCGUCCUUUCUCCGCAUCAAAACGCUCACUUGGAAUGUUGCAGGGUUUACUCCGAGCUCCGGCCGGGGUACCGGAUCCUCGUCUUCCUCGAACUCUGACAAUGAAGUUGACAACUCCUUUUACCGACCCUCGGAGGCCGCAAGCGCGUACGGGGGCCCUGCUAAUGGAGGAACACCAGCAAGAACGGGAGCUAGUUCUACUUCAUCUUCGCAAGUGGAUCAUCAUCCGACCGCGCUGGUGAAAUUGAAGCUGCAGCAGGAACUCAAGCGGGUGAUGUUUUCGUCCGCUUCUUCAGACGAAGAUUCUUUUGGCGCAGCUAGUGGUAGUCGCACGACAAUAAAUGCUACUGCGGUAAUAUCUUCCUCGUCCUUUGGCAGUGUUACAAAUGAUGUUUCAUCUUGUCGUGCGGCAGUCGAGCAACUACCCGACAUCAUCUUUCUCGGCCUUCAGGAAGUCGUGGAACUGAAAAUGAAUCCGAUGUUCAAUUACUACUUCUUCAGCAAGAAAUAUGGAACAGAAGAAUAACUGUGAGUGUAAGUGGGACUCUGUAAUGCAAAACUGCAAACGAGGACAGGGCGAGGGACGCUGUUAAAAAGGACACUUGUCAUGCUGGACAGUGAUGAGCUCCUCUUUUUUACAUAUGUGAUACCCUCACGUACUAGAACUAGCUGUGCAUGACAGACUUCUUCUGUCAUGCAGAUAGCGAAUGUGAUCUCAUGCUGUCACACUGCAGGACUACACCUACGUUACGUACCACAGUUUUCUGUUCCUUUGGAUAAGGAAAAGAACAAGCAAACGAAUGAAGACCGAACGAAGCUGACCCAAUGGGAGGACCAUGUGCUUUUCCCGGUGCUGCAGCAAAUUUACGUAUCCUGAGUGAAAAAGUCCCCACCCCAGAGUUGUCAUGCAAAUUUGCAUGCUGAAAAUAUUUCUCAUGCGGAGCCCCAUGAGAGGCAUUUUCUAGUCGUGUUUCGGAAUUUGUCAUGCUCCAAUCAGCAUCAUUUGCUAGAUCUGUGAUGCUGCUGAACAGUAGCUAAACAGGAUUACACUACGAGGCGAAACUUGUCAUGCAUAACUCUGAAAACUUGGAGAUUUGUGUUGCAAAUUUCCCAUCUUGACUCUGGUGAGGGGACGUUUUUCCUCAGGAUAUUACGACCAGCAGAAUCAGGACGAGAAUUUUGCCUACUACAUUGCGAAAAAGGAGCAGCUAUCAAAUGCAAAUAUGUCUUCGUCUGGAAAUUUGUGAUGCCAAAACGUGCAGGAUGAAAACACUUCCUUAUGCAGCAGAGCAUGAUAAGUUUGCAGAACGCUUUAUCAUACGCCCUCCGCAUGACAAAUUGCGUUUUUGCAUGACAAGAGAGGCUACGACUUUUGUUAGUCAUGCAAUACAGAUUUUACAGGAAUGCAGGGCCAGCAUUACAAGUUUCAACUUUCCAGACCCGAACAUAUUUCCAAUGGAUAGCAGCUGAUCGGCCUGGCGCUGUUUGUGAUCGUGAAGCGGAAAUUGGUAUCAAGCGCAAAAAAUGUCUGGGUCUGGAAACUUGUGAUGCAAGGAAGGGAUUAUCGGGCACACUGUAAUGCGCGUCCCAGCAUGACAAGUUUGUCCGUGGGUCAGAGUUGCGCACCCCGCAUGAGAAAGUGCGUUUUUGCAUGACAGACAAGAAGACCUCUUCGCGGGCACGCAAUACAGAGUUUAGGGUCAUGCCAGACUAGCAUGACAAGUCUCGCAAUUUCCCAGACCCAGAUAUGUUUGCGGUUCAUAAUUGGUGGUCAAUUUUGUCGACGUCUUCUCCGUGAAAACAGCGGCGUUGGGCUUAGUCGGGACGAAGGGAGCACUCGUGGCGGUAGUCAGCUGCGCGGUAGAGGAUGUGGAGAAAAAUCAUGGAACUACAACAGCGAAUAGGAAUAUUGGGGACGACGUCGAGAGGAAUGCUCGAGGUAGCGCGACUACCAGUCGUGGAUUGACAGUGAAAUCGUCAUCUUCAACAGCAGCUUCCAACAGAAAAGCCGCGAGAAGCUACAUAUGCACUGCAAAAGGCUCGUACUAGUAUGAAUCGCAUGACAAAUUUCCUCAGCAUGAGAAAUAUAAAUUUGCAGUGCGGAUUUAACUUGGCAAAAAAAAUUGUAGUGCAUAAAUGCGAUUAGUACGAAUGCGAUACUUUUGUAAUGCAUACUACACCGUUGCGGGGAUCAACUGCCAUCUCCCGUCUGGAGAUAAGCCGGAAAGCGUAGAAGAGCGCAAACAGGCGGUCUUGCAAAUUUUCGGCGAGCUGGCGGGAAAGGGCGUGCUGGGCGGCGCGGGGCCUGACCCCAAUGGCGAUCGCGGCCGAAGAAACUCCGGUAACUACAGUGGCCAGCAACUGCAGCAAAAUCCACUACAGUCCGGCGCGGAUUUCUUCCUCUUUUUCGGGGACUUGAAUGCGAGAAUGAUCGGGGGUAGUACUGGAGCUGCAUCUUCGAGCGGCAAAAGAAUUAAAAACCCCGACGUGAUGAUGUCAAAUCAUGCCACCUACGAACUGAAGCCGGAGGAUGUUGCGGCCUACCGAGGUGUUGGAUCCCAUCAGGCUGUUGCAGGAGCGCCGCCCCAGGCGCCUGCGAACGCCAUCACGACGCGCGACGACCUGGCGGCGGUGUUGCGGCCUCUGACCUACCUGGGGGUCUUCCAGGAACCGAAAAUUUUCUUCCCGCCCACGUACAAAUAUUUACGGCAGCACAAAGCAGCGAAUGGACCUCCACCUGGAGCAUCGAAUAGACCUCCGAUUCGUCUUCUGCUAGAUGCGGGCAAAUCCGAACCGGCCUACACCGACCGGAUUCUGUACAAAAUAAUCCGCGAAGACAAUUACAUAUCGCAAGAAAAAAGUGUUACAGAUACACACAUAGUCUAUGCAGGCGAAGCAAGACAGACAAGCUCUGUCAUGCCGGAUAUGCAUAGGAGCCCUGUUUCGUACGUAAGCAUUUUCCCGCAGGAUUUCUGCAUUGCAAGUUUUCUUAGUCAUGCAGAGAAAUUUGUGUUGCUGAAUUGACAACAAAUAACUGUAACACUUUUUUCGUGUGAUAUUACAGCACCGGUCCCAGCACUGGUACGAGCGGAAGCGGCAGUAGCAAACGGCCAGAAGUUCUCAUCGAAACGUACGACGUGGACAUACCGCUCUGGGUCGCUUUAUCACAUGGGAAAGACCGAAGAUGAUGCCCUAUACCCAUAAUUUUCAUACCCUAUGCAUAGUCAGGUUCAGGUAUAAGUGCAACACAAAUCCAGAAGUUCUUCGAGGCCUACGUGGUCGCAUGACAAGUUUGGAUCUACGUUUCGUGAAAAUGCCGCCCGUGUCCUCGCGGAGCCGCAUGGGAGAUGUGAUGUUGGAUAUGCAAAGAUAUCAUGUGCAAGUGCAUGGCAAAAAUAUAAUGAAUAAUGGGGCGUGUAGGAACAUAAACAUAGCUUUUUGCGCAGGAUACGCUUCGAACGCUGCGACUGACCACUUGCCGGUGAAUAUCCUGAGUAAAAACGUACCCACACCAGAGUCAGGAUGGGGAUUUUGCAACACAAACCUAGGAGUGUUGUGAGUCACGCAUGACAAGUUGCACUCUGCAGUGUAGUGCAGGUUAGCAAGUGCAGCCGCGUCACAGAUUCAUCUGCUCAUCCUGUUCACAGCAUCACAAAUUUCAAAACACGAUUGGAAAUGCCUACCAUGGGUAUGCGCAUCACAAACUUCCGUGUCAUUGCAAAUCUGCAUGACAACUCUGGGGUGGGGACGUUUUUACUCAGGAUAGUAAAAAGCUCCAUGUGCUUGAAGAACGUGGUCCCUUUGUACAGAAUAUCCAGUGCAAGAAAUAUGUCUGGGUUUGGAAGAAUGCGCGACUUGUAUUGCUCGGCUAGCAAGACUCUCAAGUCUGUGAUGCACCGUACCCAAGAGCCCCAUUUUUCUGUCGUGCAGAAACGCAGUUUGUCAUGCAGAAUAGGCAACAGUUACACUUGGAAGCUCAGAAACUUGUCAUGCUUAGUCAGCACUUUUGGCCUCUUCAUGAUAUCACAAGUUUCCAGACCCAGACAUAUUUGCAAUGCAUACAGAAGUCGCAGCAGCACCAACAGACUCACGGCUGCAUCUGCAAACGCGACGUCGAGCAACUUUCCCGCCGCCACCUUGCAACCCCAGGCGAAAGCAGUGCAAGUCCCAAGACCCGGAGGAGUAGCUCCGGUCGCCGGGGGUGGAGCUGGUUCAUCUACAACUAACAACCCGAAGAUGAUGAAUAUGAAUUCCUAUGCGUCCUCCUCGUCAAAUGCUAGUACAACGCCAGCACAGCGCACUCCUCCCCAAGCCGUUGGCACCAGCACCACGGUGAACAACGCUAAGGUGGUGAUUUCCCCAACGCAGCUGUUGUUUCAGCCCUUUUCGUCCCUGAACGCGACGCCCCAAGAGGUGGAGAUUCAGUGCACGCCCGCGAACUCGCUGGUGGCCAUCUACGCCAUUUCUACUACUAGUUCCGCUUCCGAUGGCGGGCAGGAGAACAGCGGUGGUGGGAGAAGCGUGAUGAACAACUCCUCCUGGUACCGUAUUACCACGUAUUCCAUGAAAGUUUCGGAUUUUGGGGCGGAACUGGACAUGGCGGCUCCGGAGACGCGGAGUAGUGCGGGAACACAUCAUGAUACAGCUCCCUCCUCCCAGCCAGCGUUGAUGCGUCCGAUUUGGGUCGGGUACGGGAGUCAGAAGAUCAAAAUCCAGUGCCUGGCGGACUUUGAUGGCGGGGAAGUUCCUACAACAAGAACCGGCAAUGGUGCUAGUAGUGGGGCAAAUUCAACAGGAGCAUUCUUGGGGGUUAAUUUGUGCGAAAUUUUGUUGGUGAAGCCCAUCAUAAGAGGUGAUCAAGAACUUCAACAUGCAGGAGCUUCUGCAAGCAAAAGCGGUCGCGGUCAAAAUAGCGUGGGCAGCAGUGGGUCUAGUUAUAGUAGUGGUCGAGAAAUGAUGAACAGCACGAACAGAACUACUUCAGUUUUUGACGAUCGCAAUGGAGUGUAUCUGACGCUCGAACUCAUAGGAUUUUUCAAG